AUGCAGAUUCUGCAAAUUGAACCUCUAGUCAGAAAUGCAUUCGAGUGGUAUGGACCUGUAGUGCAUCGGUGGCGAUGGUUUUGUUUCAUAUCGCCGUUAUUCCUAACGAUGGCUUGUUCGAUAGGUUUUUUGAGAAUGAAGGACCUGAGAGUAGAUGAUCCAGCUUAUGUUUUCACGCCGUCAGAUGCCAGAUGGCGAAGGGAGAUCAAUGUGUUUAAUGAGAAUUGGCCGCUUGAUGAGAACAAGUUUCUUCCUGGGAAAUCUUUUGAAACCAAGCGAUUCGUUAACAUUUUGAUUCGUGCCAAAGAUGGUGGAUCAAUUAUGCGAGACAACGUUUUGCAGGAGAUUCAAAUUCUCAACAACUGGAUUAUGAACAACAUCAGUGUGCCGACUGAUGAUCUAAAGUUCAAUUUGACCUAUCAGGAUCUCUGUCUGAGCUACGAUUGGGUUUGUGGAGCCAACGAGCACAUUCAAAUGCUCAUCAGGAGGAAUGAUGUGAAUCAAGUUUUGGACCUCCACUUUCCAAGAGGAGGAACGAAGGAUACCCCAGUCUAUCUAGGAAGUAUUUUUGGAGAUGUCAACUUUUUUGAAAACGGAACUUUGAGUGACGCAAAGCUAACUCAAUUGUUUUACUUUUUGAAACAGGAUCAGAAAAUGGUCGAAGAAUACUCUUCGAAAUUUUCUUAUGCAAUCGAGACAUUCCUCAACCAAGUAUACAGUUCUGACGUCAUUUCACUAUCAUUUGCACAUUAUCAGUCGCUAGAGGAUGGGCUCGAUGAGAAUGCCAAAGCCUUUGUUCCAAAUUUCGUUGUCAGUUUCUUCGUACUGGCGAUGUAUGCGCUGAUCUCUUCGUUUUCUUUAAAAUCGAGUAAUGCCAAGAAAAUAGAUUGGAUAUCCAGUAAACCAUGGCUGGCGACAGCAGGAAUGUUCACUACUGUACUCUCAAUCGUCAGCGCCUUUGGCUUUUUGUUCCUCCUCGGAGUUCACUACAAUGUCAUCAACACCAUCAUUCCAUUUCUAAUUAUCGCUAUCGGAAUCGACGACAUGUUCCUGAUGAAUGCAUGUUGGGACCAAACUAGCAAGUCAUUGAGUGUCCCCGAACGAAUGUCCAAAACGUUGUCCCAUGCUGGAGUUGCCGUCACAAUUACAAAUGUGACCGAUAUUAUGUCGUUUGCCAUAGGAUGCAUUACCGACUUGCCGGGAAUCCAAUUUUUCUGUAUUUAUGCCUGUGUAUCUGUAGCAUUCAGUUAUUUGUAUCAGCUAACAUUCUUUUCUGGAGCUAUGGCGAUUAUGGGAGAAGUGGAACGCGAAAAACGACACUGUCUGUUUUUCUACCGUACUCUCCGUUUAGUGGAUAUAUCCAAGAUGAAUGAAGAAGCGGAUUCAAAACUGCAGCAAAUAAAAAAUAUCAGUAGGUCAGCUUCUCCAGCUCCGUUCAACUACCUCAGCAGCUCCAACUCCUCAUUUUCAUCAGAUACCGACAGUUUUUCAUCAAAGAAAACUAUACCCGCUGAAUUCGCGUGGAAGGAGCAGCCCUCUCCCAAUAGCUCGAUUUCUGAAAAAUCUAAAAAAUCCCAUGGUCCACACGAGGAAAAAGACAGAAUCGUUUAUUUCCUCGGACAAGUUUAUGGGCCAUUCAUAUUUGAUUUUUGCUAUUUACCUGGUCAUUGCUCUUUACGGUAUGCUUUUUUGAAAUUAUCUUCAAUAAUUAGAUGGUUUUUAGGCUGUUACAAUUUCCGAGAAGGACUAAAUCCUGGAAAUCUUGUCACUAAUGAUCACUACAUUGCAAAAUAUUUUUCGGAUAUCAAGCACUUUUGGAGGAUAGGACCUCAACUUCAUGUUGCCGUGCUGAACCCUCCAAAAUUGACUCUUGGAGAAAAUCGUGAAAAACUCCUGGACGUUGUGAAAUCGUUCGAAAACACACCAUACACUCUUGGGCGAGAGGGAACUGUAUUUUUCCUCCUAGAGUACAUGAACUACCUCACCGAUCUGAAUGUAGAGAUAGCCGAUACCGAGAAAUUAUGGAAUACAAAACUAAACUCUUGGCUAAAAUACACCGGAGGGUCCACACAAUGGGCCAGUAAUAUUCGAAUGAAUGGGACCGAAUUUCAGUCGUUCAGGUUUCAGAUAGCCUUGAAAAACUUUGUGGAACCAAAUGAUCACAAACAUGCUGCAAAACUUUUGCGAGAGAUAGCGGAUCGUCAACCCUACAAUGUGGUGGUUUAUCAUGAGGCCUUCCCAUUCGCUGACCAAUACCUUAUCAUCUUGCCUGCUACAAUACAAAACGUUGUGAUAUCCCUUCUUUGUAUGGCCGUCGUCUCAUUUCUACUGGUUCCCAGUCUUCCAUCGGGAUUCGUCAUUUUUGUGUCCAUCGUGUCGAUCAACAUUGGCGUGUUUGGGUAUAUGACGUUGUGGGGUGUCAACUUGGACGCGGUCAGCAUGAUUUCAAUCAUUAUGAGCAUUGGUUUUGCGGUGGACCUGUCUGCUCAUAUUAUUUAUGCAUUUGUGACAUCGCAUGGAGACACAAAGCAACGAGUCAUCGGAGCACUUGAGACAUUAGGAUGGCCCAUUUUUCAGGGAGCAUCCUCCACAAUCGCUGGCAUCUCCAUCCUCUACACCGUUGACGCUUACAUCAUCCUCGUAUUUUUCAAAACUAUCUGGCUCACUAUGCUCAUUGGCGCUAUCCACGGACUCUUCUUCAUUCCAGUGUUCUUAUCAGUAGUCCCUGUGGAAUUUUUCAGGAUACCAAAGUCAUCAGAACUCCAUUAA